CUGCAGACUUCACAAUUCAAUCUGCACUGACAGUGAGUUAUGGAAAAGAUGGCCUUAUUCUCUGUGUUAAUUAUCUUAGCUUGUCUGCAUGUCCACAGUGUGAGGAGUGCUAUUGCUUCCACAAAGUUAGACUGUGUGAAUGGAGGUAGUUCCACUGUGGGAACAGUCGACGAGGAUUAUGAAGGAGAUGUAGAGAUCAUCACUAAUAUUGGGCCUAAUGAUCGUCCGUUUCUGGAGCCACAUUUGACUGGAAAUGUUCGGUCACUGUUAGAACUGGUUUACACUGAAGGAGACUCAACCGCUAUCGUACGGACCAUCAAACCACUGGAUUAUGAAGAAAUUAGGCCGUAUUCAGAUGCUGUGUAUUAUUUUAUCACCUGCGCAAGAGGGCCGAAAAACCACCGGACACUGUAUGUUCGGGAUGUCAAUGACCACCCUCCAAUCUUCCAGAGCAAAUCGUACAGCGCCACUGUGUCAGAGACGACGGCUGUGGGUUCAAAUGUGCUCACUGUGGUGGCACGUGAUGCAGAUGCGACAAUGGACAACAAAAGAGUUUGGUAUUCUAUAUUGCCUCCAGUACCAGAUGCCUUUGAAGUGAAUACAAUUCACGGUAACAUCAGGUUGACUAAACCUCUGGACUACAACAGUGUUCAACAGUACAUCUUCACCGUGGAAGCUAAAGAUAUAGGAGAACUCAAAGACACAACAACAGUUACAAUAACGGUUGAAAAACAAAAACAAAACACGGAGGAAAAUCAGGAAGAAGACUUCUCAGACAUCACUCCUGAGGACAUAAAAGAUCAAGAUGGCGACACGGACAUCAACAAGCCUGUAAAUGCCCCGGCGUUCAUAUAGGAACCACUAGCAGGGUGUUAAAGUAACACUGAAGCAGUGUUAGAAUUAAUUAGAUACUGAAGUGAUUAAUUAAGUGAUGAUUGAUUGAUUAUUGAAGACACCUGAUGAUAACAAGCAGAAUCAUUGAAGGAAAGAGAAAAAUAACUAUAUCUGUUUUCCAACCACAGCCUUAGAUGAAAUCAACUGAAAAGACAUUAUAUCUCUCUUAUUACAAACCAGACUGACUUUAUUUCUGUCAUCUGUUUACAGUUCUUUUUGAGAAUUAAGAGAGGUUUAGAUGUGGAUGUUUUAUUGAAAAAAUCACCAUUACGGUGAUCAGUGUUUCAUUUAGUUGGGCAGUUUGACUCUCUUUUUACGUCAGUUUGUGGUUUUUGGAACAGUACUUAUACUAAAACACAUACAAGUAAUAAGGAAAGAUAAUCAGGUGAUAUAUCUGUUAUCAUCAUAAAGGAAAACUAUUGACUAAUGUCAUCACUGAUCAAAAGCAGUUACUUGUUAUUAACAGAUUUUCAUGAACAAUACUCUCUUGCCAUAGAUCAAACAUUCUGAUUUCUGAUUUAGUUCAAAAGUGUUUUGUUUUACAAUGUGUUCAGAAGCUCAAAACUCGUGUACACAUUUUGUCAUUCAGUUUGUCUGAUUAAAGCUUUUUGAUUUCA